GUUCAAUUGUUUUUCUGAUUAAUUUGAGCAUAUUCGGGCAUCUCUAAAUUGCAUUUAGUAUCAAAUAAAAUCAUUUUGUAAUAAAUUUUUUGUAUAAAACAUUAAAAGUUUUUGCCCGAGUAAAAUUAGAUUCGUAGGUCUAAAAUGUUACCAAGUAUUUAUGUUAUACCUCGCUCUGUAAUCAGUUUGUGAUAAGCGCGAAAUUCUGUGAAAUUCUCUUAUCUCUGACUGAAAAUGGUUAUCGGUGAGGCGCAAAAAUAAAAAGCAUGCUUUAAAAAAAACGAUGAAUCGAGAGCGCGGAGCGAGUUAUGAGGAUCGCAUUGAAAGUUUAAAAUUUAUAGUUUUGCCGAAAAUUGAUGGAUGAUAACCAAGAGCCUUAUGCGUGUUUCAGUUCGUGAUCGCUCUAAUGACAAAAGAUUACGCGAAGGCUCGCGACGUUGGGGAUCGACUAUUAAAACGAAACCGGGACGACGCAGACGUUGGCCGUGCACUCAAUAUUCUGCAGCACAUAAAAAAGCGCGAGGAGCGCGAAAGGUCAAGUUUAAUUGAAUCCGACGAUGUGCGUGUGGGAAGCGACGCGACCGAUGGCGACGAUACCAAUUUCGUAGACGACAAUGCGGAUGCUCGCAUCGAUCUGGGAAUGGCGGAUAGAAUCGCGUCACCCGGCACGUCCCGAUUGAGUAAGACCAGUGACGAACUUAAGCAGAGAAUGUACAGGGUAAUAGCAGUAAGAGUGAGCAGAGAGGAAUUAAAACAAAAGUAAAAAGGG